GAAUACGACUAACCGGAAGCUAUAUGUGACGGAAGCGGAAGUAACGGAAAGCAAAAAAGAAGAUGUCUAAUGAUAAAUGCGACUAAAAUGGAGUAUAGUCCGACCGACUAUUCCCAGGUAACAGCCUGUCUCGGGACACACAAGGCGGGAUCGAACACCGUGUUUCUCACGUUAGUCGUCGCCAACUCUCCGGGUUUUGGAGAACACAUGUGACCGACAUCAACGGGAGGAUAUUCAACGCUUCCUUCGUGCAGGACAGCCAUGUAUCCCGUAACGAAGAGGAAGGAGCCGCUCCACAGUGGGACCGGUGUCUUCUACCAGGCAAUACCUGCCGUCGGUGCCGAUGGCAGAAACAUCAUGAAACUGAUUCCUGUACAAAUGGUCAACGGACAUGUUUUAAAAUCUCAAAUAAGCCAGCUCAAAACUGAAGAUACGCACCCGAAAGCAUUAUCAUGGAAUAUCGCCUCUGCACCAGUUGUCAUUGUAAAAAAGACAGCAGUUCCUUCUACAACUGAGCGAAUUGUCAGUGAGCAGGUUUCACUCAUGGGUUCAGCAUCUUAUCAAGUAGGUUUGGAUACUGAUAAUUUACUUGACAAGCAGCCACGACAGCAACUACAACAAAGUGUCAAAACAUUGGCAGUUCUUCCAUCAAAGGCAUCACCUGCACAAAGUGGAAACUCGGUAAGACCUGCAAGUCAGUUCUCAGUCACAGUGAAAUCUCCAGCACACCCCAGAAGCCGAGGCACUGAGGUUCUCUCUACGGCACAAGUCCCUACAGUCCCAGCAUCCAACCUACCUGCAGGUAUCUGGAAUCAGACAUACACUUCGUCAGCCAACUGCUGUCCAAGUUCAGACUUACCCUCGUCACCAAUCACAAGUAUGGAUGGAGCCGUUACUCCACAAAGGGAUUCUGCCCUCUAUGCACUCAAGUCGCUUUGCAAAAUAACAAAUAUAACGUCAUGCGUACCUUCAUCAAAAGGCUCAAAAUCACAUUUCAAUUCAAUUCCAAAUGUUCCGAAAAGGCCCAACAGCCUUAUAAAGUGGUCAGUUGAAGAAGACAACAGCUCAACAGCUCCAACAUCUAAUCCUAUUGACUCUUCUAUUACUGCAAAGAUUUUGCGAGUUCUCGCAGAGAGAGAAAAUACGAAGAAGCACUUUGAGGUUACUAAAUCUAUUACCGAGUCAGUUCAGGUCAGUGGAGAAGAACAGGCCAACGUCAUAGACAGGUGCAACAGGAAGCAACCAGGACAGCAGCAGAGUGUACAUUUAAUGUCCGUAGUACCUCUGAGGGCAACACCCGUCGCUAACGGUGGAAAUACCGGAAAACCUCUGAAUGAUCUUCAUUUCCCUCUGACAUCUCCAGCACCCCCAAGUGGACAUUGGCAUCCGAACACCCCUAUGGCACAAUUGCAGACACUCCCAACGUCUGAACGGCCUGCAGGUAUAAAGAAAAAGACUUUUACUCAAUCAGCCGUCUCCUGUCUAAGCUCAGCAUGUGCAGUCUACAUGCCACUUAUCACAAGUAUGAAUCGAGGCGUUGCUCCAAGGGAUUCUACACACGAUAUGCUCAAGUGGUUCUGCAAGACUGAAAAUAUAACAUCAUAUGGACCUCCAUCAAAAGAUCCAGAACCAAAUUUAAAAUUAAUUCCAAAGGUUCCAAAAUGGCCCAACAGCCCUAUACAGUGGUCGGUUGAAGAAGACAACUCAACAGCUCCAAAUCUUGUUCCUUUUGAUUCUUCUGUGACUAAUGCUGGGAAGCUCUGUGAGGUCGUUGGGAACCGGGUUUGCGGGCCGUGUCAGGGCAAAAGUGGACAAAGACGGGAAAACUCUUUGGUAUUGUGUGAUGGGAAGCUUUUUUGGGGGGCCAAAAAUCGCAGGCUACCACAUGAAAAUGGAAAAAUUGAUACAACCAUUGCAGCAGGAAACUGUUACGAAUCAGACAAAGCCAUUGUAGCUUCAACCCAACAGUCGCUUCCACCUCUGGAAAAGCAAGGCUAUGGAAUCCUCAAGCCAGACGCGUGGCGCCAAGUGAUUGACCUUUGUGACGACGACGCUCCGAACGACCCGUUUCAACCAGCGGCUCGUAUGCCAGCAGUCACUGUGGAUGAAGACAAUGUUAUAUUUGUAUCAUACACUCCACCCAAAUCUGACUCUCAAGAUUUGAGACAAAAAUUACAAAUGGUUCAAAUAGAGGAAACGGACCAGAUGGCCUCAAGCAAUGUAACCAAACAAGAGAGCCUGCACAGUACACACAGUGCUCUCAGAGGAGAGGAACUUGGCCACACCAUGUCGGUCAACGACAGCCGGCAGACCACCUCAGCCCAACAGAUGGAGCAGGUUUACCCCAGCAACAACGCAACCCGCUUCAGGAUGGAUCGGGACCCCCACAGUGUUGAGACCUCUAUGAGCUGUGGAAAAUAUGGACUGGAACCAGAAUCCUGUGAAAGGACUGAUGAGCUGCUGAGACGUAUUUCUGGAAUAACAGCCGAUGUGAGAAUUUGUCUCCAGAGGAUAGACGAAGCCUCAGCCGGGUCUCUUCCUGCGGAACUUCCAAAGAGUGAGUGCAUUCGGUUAGUGCAGGAUCAUAAAGACACAACAAGCAGGUUUGAAGAAAGCGAUUCGUUAUUGCAGCACUUUAACAGCCAACAAGGAACUGAAAGCUGCAAUGGUCGCAAAGUCGAGAGUGGGAACGUACUAAGCACACCGGACUUGUCCAAAGGUUCAUCCACUGCGAUUCCUCAUUCGGAUGCUGGUCCCCCCGAUUGUUCACAUCUUGAAGUAAACACUAACCCUUCGCCCGAGGGAAGGUGCGCUGACGUAGAAUUGGAGCCAAUGAUUGGCUACGUGGAGCCCAUAGAUGAGGAUUUCCUCAGUGCCGAUGAGAAUGACUUCUCCUACUCACGGAACACAGCUGGCCGCCCUCAGACCUGUGCGGAUCUGAACGCCAACACAAGGAGACAUGGAAGGAAAAGGAAGCGGCCAACAUGUCCAUGUUGCAUCGCCGGCACUCAAGAUCCCACAGCGAGGUUCAGUGCAAAGUCCGAGGAGCCAGAGAAGUGGGUGGGGACGAUGGAGAAGACUGGUAAGAAAGGGGCAAGAGCGAAGGCCUUGGGCAAAGACUUGAACAUAUCUGGAGGCGUCACCUGUCUCACAGUCAAAGACAAGCACAGUUGCAGGCCGCCGGAGGAGGCAGCCGGGGACAGGUUAACCUUGACGGCCACGGACUCCGAUGAAGUCCAACUGCACGAGCAGAUCACAAGACUCAGGGAGCUUCUGCAAGAGAAGGAGGCGGCUUUAGAGCUCAAGAGAACCAUCCAACAUUUCAAACAAUAACAAGGUGCUGCGGGAGUCUCCUCCGAUCCGGUAAUGAAAGCCCCCCCCCCCCCUCCUCAAAGGGCUGAAGGCUUGUCCCUUGUUAGUCUGCUUCAGUGACCAUUGAGACGUUUUCUAUUUGAUCUUUAUUGAAAAUUUGACAUUUUGUCUGAAAAAAAUGACUUGUUAAAUAUGUUUGUAAAUACUAAUGAAAUAUUAAUCUUUCAUUAAAGCACCAAUGCAAGUUAAAGCUUUGAGCAGCGAUGAACGUGCCUUCGCCUAUCCUUGCAUGUCGGGGGGGGCAGCGGUCAGCCGAUAUCGCGGGUCAAUAAGAGGAAAAAACAAACAAACUUAAGUGCCUCAACCAGGAAUCAAAGUCUACAAAUUCCUAAGCAUGGAGCCAACCAUCAAUGAUCAAAACGUCCAAAAGAAUUCCUGUUCGUUUUAGGGCAGUGUCCCCAGAGACUUAUUUAAGUCUCCCUGUAAUACAUAUGUUCAAAAAUCACCGUACUUGUAGGUCAAACAGGGUGCCGGCACUGCUUCGUCGAAAACUUCCAGGGGGCUAUGAAUUGCAAAAAUACAGGGACAUUCACACUAACUCUCUUUUCGGCUACACAUUCCUAAGGCCGAACGGCGCUCAGUGUUAAUUUUAAGCGAUGUCGGGUAUUAACGUUACUGUUCUCUCCCAAUUCCUGCUUAGCCAAGCCGCUAAACCGGAAGUACGUAGAUUUUCACAGUAAGAAUGGACGCAACAGUCGGCAAUGACAGCGGUUACCAGGGUAACAUGAGGAGAAAAGUUAAUUAACAGAUUUUUAAAAAAUGAUCACUCCCUCCACGAGACCACGAGUCGUACUGAUGGAUUUAUUCCACUUGUCCACGUUGGCAUCCACCGUUGAACUAAAAACACAUGUUGACCGGCUUUUAGCGAACAUCAUGAGAAUGUUUCGAACAGAUAUAACAAGACCCUAAACAAAACGUACCUCACUGGCUGCACACAUCCAAGAGGGAAUGAGAACACUUUAGUUCAGGAACUAUUACUACUAUGAGAGCUACCUUAAAAUGAUGAUCCCGUUGCUGAGUUUUACCGUAACUUAAGACUUCACAUACUUGUUGGCUCUGUGACACUAAAACAUGUCCCCCCGAAACUAACCACGUAAACAUAGUUCCUACCCCAUAAACAAAACAAAUAUUUCUGAGCACAAAGCACAAAGGAAGUUCAUUAAGAUAUAAUACAAACGACACGAAUUACAAUCACCUCACCAAGGAGAGUAAACUGAAUCCCUUUGUUAUAUCAGCCAGACACGCGGAUAAAAAAGAAAAAAAAAAUAGUUUGGCUGUGCCGGGAACCAAACCUGUGUGUCUUCGGUGCCGGAGGCCAACAGCUUAGCAGAAGAGAUAUCUGCUCUGAUCCAAUUACAUAAUCAAAACGUCACUGAAAUAGGAUUGGUCACUCUCUUCUAAAAAUACAGGUAAUAUUCACACUAAAAAAAUUAUAACUGACUUCCUGUUUGUUUUAGAGAAGUGGUUCUCAACUGGUGGACCCGUUUUUAGUGGGUCGCGGGCCGUUCCAUGGAAAAAAAAAAAAAAAUUCAUGUGAUUUUAUUUUGAAGGGACUUUUAGUAAUGCAGCAGAGUGUCGUUUUUUUGCCGGCUCGUCCAUGUUUGGCGCCGCAAAGACAACGGCUAGCACCCUGAGGGCUGAUGACUAACGGCUAUCACUGCAUGGCAAUACUUAUAGGCCUACACAAGCAUCAUGAAUAAACAUUUCUAGCCAGAAAUAUCAUCCUUGGAGUUAUAACAUUUGGUCAUAAUAACUGGACGCAAGAUCAUGCCCAGGUAGUUUUAUGAAAACUCUUAAUUUUAAUAACUUUUGACCCCACGGUUGUCAGGAUCAACUUGCCUGAUUUUGAAAUGGAUUGGAUUUAAACUCUAGGAGGAGUUUGUUUGUAAAUGCAAAAAAUGAAGGAAAGUGCAAAAAAUACAAUCACUAUAGGGCCCCCUAAUGUUCAAUAAUCAGAAAAUAUUUGUAGAUGUUCUAGACUCAAUGAGAACAUGUCCUAAAGAUUUGGUGAGGAUUGACGUUGAUAACUUUUGAAGUUAUAGGUCUUUCCUUUUCAGGCCACACCCCUUACAAACUUCAUUAGUCCAUAACUUUAAUGAAAAAUGAGUUCGCAAAAACGUGUUUUUCACAAAAUUCAAAAUGGCGGGAAAAAACGGUAGGUGCAUUUGCAUACCAUGAUUGACUUUUUUG